UAUACGACCGUGGCGCUGCAAACGCAAGUUCAGCGCCGUCGUCUCCAUCCCCUCGCCGUUCCCCACACCCAACCGCCGCGACUCCCCCGCCGCCGCCGCCGCCGCCGCCGCCGCCAUGGAAGACCACCGCCACCACCACCGCCACCACCGCCCUCACCGGAUCUCCGUCCCGCCCCGCGCCGCGGCUGCGGCCGCCUCGAGGCCGCCCUACCCCGCCUUUUCCUUCCCCCCGUCGACCCCGACCCCGACGCCGUCGAAGUCGCGCGGCUUCUCCCUCCUCACCCCGUCCUCUGCCCGGCUCUCCGCCGGCGGCGGCGGCGGCGGCGGCAGCAGAUCCUCGCUCCCCUUCCUCUUCCUCCUCCUCUUCUCCCUCCGAUCCCUCUACGGCCUCCUCCCCUUCCUCCGCUCCUCCCCGCCCUCCUUCUCCCUCUUCCCCUUCUCCUUCCUCGUCUCGCUCCUCUCCUUCCUUCUCUCCCUGUCCUUCUCCCUCCUCUCCCCUCCCUCGCCGCCCUCCAAAUCCCCCCUCCAGCCGAAGCUCCAGGGCCGGCGGCACCUCCUCGUCCUGGCCUCCCUCUCCCCCUCGCAGAACAGGUCCCUCGCCGCGAAAUCGGUCCUCCUGGCCGUCGUGUUCCUCCUCCGGUUCCAGGCCCUCAGGUACUGCAGCGCCGCGGCGAUGAUCCUCGCCGAAUUAUCCGGCAACGUCGCCGCGCGGUUCCUCGCCGAGGGGAAGAUUAGGGAUUCCGGCUAUCUGGGUAAGAAUCGAUCCUCUAGGGUUCGCGGGUUUAUUGCAUUGUUUCUGGGAUUGUUUCUUUUGGCUCUGAGUUGGGACCGGAACAUGUGUUUCCCCUUUUCCGGAUCAUCGUCUUCUGUUGGUAAUUGGAGGUUCUCGGUAUUGCCUAGAGAGAAUUGUUUGAGGAUAUGGCCGAUGCUGUUGCCGUUCUUGUCCGGAUUUUUGGGGUGUUACGAGCGCGUGUCGAUGAAUCGGGGAGUGCUUCAGGAGCUGGGGCAGAAACGGCUUAGGUUGAUUUCGCUGCUCUAUACAUCUGUUGUGCUCUUUGUUCCUGCUGUUAUUAGCAUUCUUGUGUUUGAGCACGAAGGAGAUAGUAUUUCAGUUACCAGUUUAGGUUGGCCUCUAGCUAAUACUGUUGUUUUUGGAGUGCUGUUGAGUGAGAAUUGCAGUGAUGAGAAGUUUGUGAGCUCUAAAGACUUUCGGAGGGAAUUUUUGGUUACGUUCGCUUGCACGGUGGUUUUGGAGUUGUUCUACUUCCCUGAGCUCUCGCUCUGGGGAUUAUUGCUUUGUGGGAUACUUCUUUAUGUUGCCGUUGCGGAGCUGGAUCCUGUUUACUCGAGUUACGCUGAGUUGGGUUUGGAAUCGUCGGAGCCAUUUACUACCUCGAUCAUAAGGCCUAUCCGUCACAUUUUGAGCGAGAGGAAGUCUCGCAAGAUUGCGCUUUUCCUCAUGAUCAACACCGGGUACAUGGUUGUCGAGUUCGUAGUUGGGUUCAUGAGCAACAGUCUUGGCUUGAUAUCAGAUGCAUGCCACAUGUUGUUUGACUGUGCUGCUUUGGCUAUUGGCCUUUAUGCUUCGUAUAUAUCACGCUUACCUGCUAAUGGGCAGUUCAAUUAUGGUCGUGGGAGAUUUGAGGUUCUCUCUGGGUAUGUCAAUGCAGUUUUUCUGGUGUUGGUUGGAGCACUUAUUGUGUUAGAGUCUUUUGAAAGAAUUUUGGACCCGCAGGAGAUCUCGACCAAUAGUUUGUUAACCGUGUCCAUUGGCGGGCUUCUUGUCAAUGUGGUUGGGUUGAUAUUCUUCCAUGAAGAGCAUCAUCAUGCGCAUGGUGGAUCCUGCUCUCACUCGAAUUCUCACUCCGGUUCCCAUUCCCAUUCCCAACACCAACAUGACCACGACUGCCACAGUGAGGAUCAGAAAUGUAUUUCUGUCGACCAUGAUUGCCAUGAAAAAUCUUGCUCUGAUCAUCAUAACCAGCAUGGUCACCAUCAUUCUGAUCACCACAGCAAUGACAAUGCUAAAAGUGCUUAUCCUACUUCGGGGAGCUCUAGUUGUCAUGGUCAUGACCAUGCUGACAUUCAUAGUGAAGGUUCUCAUGGGUUUGAUCAUGCUCAUCACAAUGACCAUGCUCAUGCUCAUGGUCAUGACCAUGACCAUCAUCAUCAUGAUCCGGUCUCCGCACAUCAUUACUCCACUGAAGGUCAUGCAGACGGACGUCUGCCUACUCAGACAGCAGCUCCACACUCCCAUGGGCACUGUUCGUCCAUUAGUCACAUCCACCAGAGAAAUCUACCAUCAAGUGAAGGGGAAGCUAAAAAACAGAGUCACCAUCACAUUGACCACAACAUGGAAGGGAUAUUCUUGCACGUUCUAGCAGAUACAAUGGGAAGUGUUGGAGUCGUUGUGUCGACUCUGUUGAUAAAGUACAAGGGAUGGCUGGUUGCAGAUCCUGCCAGCUCUAUAUUUAUUUCCAUUUUAAUUGUGUCCUCAGUCAUCCCGUUGCUCAGGAACUCGGCAGAGAUUUUGCUCCAAAGGGUGCCUAGGGCUCACGAACAGGAUCUAUUUAAUGCUCUAAACAAUGUCACAAAGAUAAAGCAGGUGAGAGGCAUUCCACAUUUCCAUGCAUGGAGCUUUACGAACACAGAGGUAGUGGGAACAAUCCAUCUUCAUGUCGAGACGGAAGCUGACAAGGCUUCCACAAAAGCACAAGUUUCCCGCAUGCUGCAUGAUGUGGGGAUUAACGAUCUUACGCUGCAGGUGGAGUGUGUCAAUCAUACUUAAUGCUGAUCUUGAACUAAUGCUGAGUUUCAUCAUUUUCGGGAUUGCUCGAAGAAAAGAGAAACCCCCCCUGUAUGAGGACUGAUUCAAAUUGCUGACUAAAAAUGUCAAUGAAGCUCCGGAUACAGUGCUGUCGCUGCUGUUCUGGGUUUCAUCUCAGUUACUCGGUGUGGUUCUAAAAAAUUCAUAAUGAAUGAGAAGAUGCAAGACAUCCAUCAAUCAACUGCUGGAAUGCUCGUCUUUUUUCUGGUAAGAUUGCAUGGUAAAGGCUGUUGUUGCCUCAAUGUCAUCGCGGUUUCCUUUUUGGAUUAGUGGUCCACAGAAAUUGGAUUGCUUUGAUGUAAAUAACUAGCUUAGUACCCGUGCAAUCUGCAUGCGCGGGAACUCCUUUUCUCUCAGCAAUAUAGAGUCCAAAGAAUUUUCUGUCCCGGUUUUGUUUAUGUAGUAGCUGUAACUUGUGAAUGAACAAAGGAGCUGGGGAUCAGCACUUGGUUGAUUUAAUGCCGAAUCUUAAAAAGUUUUGGAUAA